AGCUGCAUGAGAUUCAUCUGGUUAAUCAGAUUGCUAUUCGGCGUUUCCUUUCUAUCCAAGUACUAUAUUACCCUGGUAAUGAAGGUAUUAUCAGAGUGAUGUGACAAAGGGUAAAAUAUGUCAUUUUAUCUGAAAACAUAAUCAGUAUCACGAUUUUAACCACUCCCGUUAAAGCUAAACUACCAAUCAAUCCCUUUCAAAGCCGUCUUAGAUAACGGAUAUUCCUAGCUAGUCACAGUCUUCAUCUUCUACACUUCUCUCUAUAUAGUACUAUAACUAAGUUCAUAUUGUCUCUCUAUUUCUCACUCUUAACACCAGUACUUGUUUCAUCUGUUGAGGAAAUUAUGGGGCAGAGAUCUACUGUUUCUAAUGUGCACACGUUUCCUGCCGUUCUCUUCUGUUUCACAAUAUUAUCCUCUGCUUGUUUAGUAGUUUCAUCAUCCAGAUUGCCCAAGAAUGAAUUCGUUGAUGCUGAAAUCUACAGAAGGAAUUUACUGUCUAAUGGACUUGGAAUGACUCCACCCAUGGGAUGGAACAGUUGGAAUCAUUUUGCCUGCAAGAUUGAUGAGAAAAUGAUCAGAAAAACCGCUGAUGCACUGGUUUCAACUGGUCUUUCCAAACUGGGAUAUCAUUAUGUUAACAUAGAUGAUUGUUGGGCUGAGUUAGCCCGGGACGACAAGAAUAAUCUAGUACCGAAGAAGUCGACUUUCCCUUCAGGGAUUAAAGCUCUGGCAGAUUAUGUUCAUAGCAAAGGACUCAAACUGGGAAUCUAUUCAGAUGCAGGGUAUCUUACAUGUAGUAAUACCAUGCCAGGAUCACUUGGUUACGAAGAACAGGAUGCCAAAACCUUUGCUUCAUGGGGAAUUGACUAUUUGAAGUAUGAUAACUGCAACAAUGACGGUUCCAAACCAACUGUAAGGUAUCCGGUAAUGACACGAGCUCUAAUGAAGGCGGGACGUCCGAUAUUUUAUUCUCUAUGUGAAUGGGGCGAUAUGCAUCCAGCUUUAUGGGGUGCUAAGGUAGGAAAUAGCUGGAGAACUACUGGUGACAUUUCUGAUACUUGGGACAGUAUGCUUUCUAGAGCCGACUUCAAUGAAUUCUACGCAGAAUUUGCAAGGCCCGGUGGUUGGAAUGAUCCAGACAUGCUUGAAGUAGGAAAUGGAGGUAUGACAAAAGACGAAUAUGUAGUGCAUUUCAGUAUAUGGGCUAUUUCGAAGGCACCUUUGCUCAUUGGUUGUGAUGUUCGAAAUGCAACCAAAGAAACCAUGGAAAUCAUUGGCAACAAGGAGGUUAUUGCAGUUAACCAAGACUCACUUGGGGUUCAGGCAAAGAAGGUUAGAAUGGAGGGCGACCUUGAGGUCUGGGCUGGACAGCUUUCUGGGUACAGAAUGGCUGUUCUUCUAGUUAACAGAAGUGCUAGGCGUUCUUCAAUUACUGCCCACUGGGACGAUAUUGGUAUUGCUUCUGGUAGUGUAGUUAAGGCCAGAGAUCUUUGGGAGCAUGAGACCCUGAAGCAGCGAUUUGUAGGAAAUCUGACUGCUACCAUGAAUUCUCACACAUGCAAGAUGUAUGUUUUGACGGCUGUUUGUUGAGUCUAAAUGCUGUUGAACUUGAACAUCUGGAUUUUGUAUUCCAUUGUGAAUUAUCUGAAUUUGCAUUGGAUGUGUUGUAACUUUCCUUUGUCUACAACAAAUAAUAUGCUCUACGGCUCAGCACCCGACAUCCGUUCUCCUUCCUUGGGCAUGGAUGUACACUGAACUUCAUGUUCGUAUUAAUAAAAGCAUUUACAUGUCAUUUUA